CGACCAGCAUCAGUUAAUCGAUCACCUUCCAGUGUAAUACAGAAGGAAAAAAAGAUGAAGUCGAUUGCUUUCCUUGCCUUCUUGGCACUUGCGUCUGCAGGACCAAUUUCCUACCCUUUCACCCAAUCGAGCCAAUACGGACCAUCAUCAUAUGGGUAUGCUAGUGGUUCUGCAUAUGGUAACUACGGAUAUGGAAGCUAUGGGUAUGGCAGAUAUGGAGCAGGAAGUUCUUACGUAAGCCAAUAUUUACAACAAGCUCAGUACUACGCCGAAGCUGCCUUGCAAUCUGCCCAAGGAUUUGCCCAAGAAUCUGAAGCAGCUCAAGGUAUUUCCUACAUCAACCAACAAAUUCAACAAGGAUUGCAGUACGUACAGGCUGUUUACCAAGCCGUUCAAGAAGGUUCUUAUUCACCUUCAUACAUUGCCCAACAAAUUCAGUUUGCUCAACAAGCAUUCUACAAUGCCUACCAAGCCGCUGAAAAAUUCAACUUCCAGACUAUUGCUGAACAGGCCCAAUAUGCUUACAGAGCCGUGUCGUCUGUUUACCAAGCCUUCUACGCCUUCGGAGCAUAUUAUGGUUAUGGAUACCCAUCUGCCAGCUCAAAAUACCAACAAUACGCUCCAACUGGAUAUAACUACUUCAAAAAUUUAAUCCAACAGUAUUUCAACAAAGACAGCUCUUACGGAUAUGGAUACUCUAACAACUAUGGCCCAUACAGUUCUUCCAGCUAUGGUUAUGGACCAUACAAUGCCUACAGCAGCUAUUAUGGACCUUACUCUUCUGAAUAUAGCUCAAACUACCCAUACAAUUAUGCUGGCUACGGCAGCUACUACGGACCAUACAGCUCCAGCUACUCUUCUGGAUACGCCAGUUCAUAUGGAUACCCAUACAGCUAUGGAUCUGGAUACAGCGGAUAUUACGCUCCUUACAGCUCCAGCUACUCCUACGGACCUUUCAACUCUGGUUAUGGUUCUUCAGUCUACCCUUACAGUUACGGAUCUGCAUCCUACCCUGGAUACAAUUCCUACGCAUACGGAUCUAACUCUUUCCCAUACAACUCUUACACCUACGGUUCCUAUCCCUACAACUCAUAUGGUUCAUCUAGCUACGGAUAUUACGGUCCAUACAGUUCAUCGGCAUAUUCUGGUGCUUAUACCCCAUACAGUUACAACUCCUACAAAGGCUACACCCCAUACCAAUAUGGAUCGUUUAGUGCUUACCCAUUCUCCGCCUACGGAUAUGGCCAAUCCGCUGCUGCUGCUGCCUAAACGGAUAAAUUAUGAAGAUAGACGCUAAUGAAGAUAAUAUAAGAUGUAUAUUUUUUUAAUAUAUAGAAAUAAAUGAUGAUUUGUUGCUAA